UUUUUUACGUCUGCAACGUAAGUAAGUAACGACUGUCUGUGAGUGUCUGUCUGUCUGUCUAUGGCACCAAACAGCGAACGGCUCGGUUUUGCCUGACCUGAAAUAUGCCACAUUCACACAGGAUCGACAUGUGUCACCAAACUAGAAAUGGCAAUCUUCCCGCAGCCUGACUGAGUAAGCUAGCCAGCCACUUGGCUACCUCCUAGCCCAGGUUAGCUGAGUGCAGUCGGCGCAUCACAAACCAACCAGCAGCUACCGAGAGAAGAUGGCGGAGUACUCGCCUGUCCUGCCGAUGAGGGAUGGUGGAGCGAGGUUUGGUAUCGGACAGCCCAUCUUUCCCCGGUCCCGGUCCGGUUCAGAAUCCGAUAGUGAACUGUCUCAGAGUCUGGCCCGAACCAAGAUCCGGUCUUACGGGAGUACGGCUAGCGUCGCGGCUUCUCUCGGCGAGAAAUACAUAGAGCAUCGGGUCACAGACAGCGACACUUUGCAGGGCAUAGCCCUCAAAUACGAAGUAACGAUGGAGCAGAUCAAGAGGACUAACAAGCUGUUCAGUAACGACUGUAUCUUCCUGCGUAACACCCUCAACAUCCCUGUGGUCUCAGAGACCUCUCCCUUCAACGGCCUGUCUCUAGAGUCCCCCGACGGAGAUCCCCAGCACCAGGACUUCCACCCCCUGUGUGUGGGGCAGGACAGGGACACUGAGGAGGGCCCCUCGCCGCCUCCGGCCCCUGGCUCUGGGGAUAAGGACAGUAGGAGUUAUAAACGGCCCCAACCAGAAGAGCUGUCGGCUCAAGACUUCCUGCACAGACUGGACUUGCAGAUUAAACAGUCUAAGCAGGCAGCACGCAGGCUCAAAGAAGAGGAAGUGAGGGACAGUGAAGAGGAAUACACACUUCCUGUUUCAUCAUACCAGGAGAUCUAAAGGACACACUCGUUUACCUGAAGCCCUGAUUAACACCCAUCUACCCACAAGUCCACCCAUCACUCCUUCCUACCUUUCCCUUCCUGUAUCUCUCUUUUACCAAACCAUGACACUGGACGUCAUGUCUAAGUGUUUGAACUGAGGAUUCAUCCUUUGCCUUUUUAAUAUUAGUAUCAUUAUCAUACGUUGUAUUAUUAGUAUUCUUCUGGUUUUGUACUGUUCAACUGCUGUCAAUCAUCUGAACAGCAGGUAGUCUGUUACUAUGACAAUCAUCCACUCACUACAAGUCUACAUGCUGCUGCUGUACAGAAUAACCCUCUGGUCUGUGUUUACCACACACACACACACACACACACACACACACAUACAUACACAGGAAAGACACAGGUGUGUGUUUGGGGGAUUAGUUCGAUACUGGCUUUUACCCUAACUCUGAUGAUCCAAUCCCUCCUAGAAUAGCAUCAGUCCACUAGAUAGAUAGAUGGAGAAGCCUCCAGUAUUACCUCCUCUUCCUCCUCCUACUCCUCUCUUCCUCCUCUCCUCUCUUCUUCCUCGUCUUUUCCUCCUCCUCCUCCCCUCCUUAUCCUCUCUUCCUCCUCUCUUCUUCUUCCUCUUUUCCUCCUCCUCUUCCUCUCCUUCUCCUCUCUUCCUCCUCCUCACCUCCUCCUCUCUUCUUCCUCCUCUACUCCUCUCUUCCUCCUCCUCCGUGUUUGAAACUAGGCUGCGUCCAUAAAUGCAGCCUAUUUAAACCCCACAUUGUUUGCAUGCCAAAUGGCUCCCUAUUCCCGAUGUAGUGCACUACUUUUGACCAGGGCCCGUAGGGUUCACUACUUUUGACCAGGGCCCGUAGGGUUCACUACUUUUGACCAGGGCCCGUAGGGUUCACUACUUUUGACCGGGGCCCGUAGGGUUCACUACUUUUGACCGGGGCCCGUAGGGUUCAUUACUUUUGACCGGGGCCCGUAGGGUGCACUACUUUUGACCAGGGCCCGUAGGGUGCACUACUUUUGACCAGGGCCCGUAGGGUGCACUACUUUUGACCAGGGCCCGUAGGGUGCACUACUUUUGACCAGGGCCCGUAGGGUGCACUACUUUUGACCAGGGCCCGUAGGGUGCACUACUUUUGACCAGGGCCCGUAGGGUGCACUACUUUUGACCAGGGCCCGUAGGGUGCACCUACUUUUGACCAGGGCCCGUAGGGUUUUGGUCAAGAGUAGUGUAUAACAUAGACAAUGGGGUGCCAUUUUGGAUGUAUCCCUCGACUGAAUUCUCACCAGAAGCUGUGGAUGGGAGGGGUGGUGAAGCUGUGGAUGGGAGGGGUGGUGAAGCUGUGGAUGGGAGGGGUGGUGAAGCUGUGGAUGGGAGGGGUGGUGAAGCUGUGGAUGGGAGGGGUGGUGAAGCUGUGGAUGGGUGGGUGGUGAAGCCUUUUAAAUGUUUUGUUUACCUUUUUAGAAGCAUUCAUUGGUGACAUAAAGGGAAAGCUCUUUUUGAAGUGUGAAUGUGCUGUUGUUUUUAAGUGUGUGAAAUACUGUACAAAUUAAACCAUGGCUGAGUUUUAAUGUGCUUUUUCUUGAUUUUUGAGGAUGAAUAAAUGCAACUUUAAAACAGA